AUGGUAAAAAACAUUACAGCUAUCUGCAAGUUAGGGGGUUUUAAUCUCACAAAGUGGAUCAGCAAUAGCCGUGAGGUGCUAUUAGAGAUUUCCGAAGAACAAAGAUCCAAGAACUUCAAGGAGUUGGAUCUAGACAGGGAUAAAUUGCCAGUUGAACGGGCCCUUGGACUACAUUGGUGCAUCGAGACGGACGCCUUCAAAUUUAAAUUUAACAUCCGAGAACAACCACAUACAAGACGUGGGAUGUUAUCCAUGAUCAGUUCUGUCUACGAUCCUUUAGGUUUCUUAGCACCUUUCACAAUCCCAGCUAAGAUAAUUCUGCAGGACUUGUGUCGCUUGAAGUGUGGUUGGGAUGAUUCAGUACCCCAAAGCGUUCAACAGAAAUGGAACAAAUGGAUGGAAGAUCUCGAGAGUGUGGGAAGUUUCAAGGUCAGCAGGUGCUUAAAACCUAAAGACUUUGGCCAUGUCAUAUCUGCUCAGUUGCAUCACUUCUCUGAUGCCAGUGAAAGUGCAUACGGAACGGUUACAUAUAUCCGGUUGCAAAACAGUAAAAACCAGGUCCAUAUUGCAUUCGUACUUGGAAAGGCAAGGGUUGCCCCACUGAAACAAGUGACCAUCCCUCGUUUGGAGCUCACAGCUGCUACUGUAGCUGUUAAGGUGGACAAGAUGCUGAGUUCAGAGCUGCAGCUUCCUUUGGAAGAGCCACAAUUCUGGACCGACAGUACAUCUGUACUAAAGUAUAUAAAAAAUGAGGACAAAAGAUUUCAAACAUUUGUUGCCAAUAGAAUAUCAGUUAUUAGAGAGGCGUCACAAGUGUCACAAUGGAGAUACAUUCCCUCAGCUCAAAAUCCAGCGGAUGAUGCUUCAAGGGGAUUAAAGUUUGAACAUUUAACUCGGGAGUAA